UUCUUACCCCGCGGCUGUCGGGGGAGGCUCCGGCCAGGAUGUCGGCGGCCGAGGAGGGCGGUUUGACGGUGCGCCCGUUCCAGCUGAUCGCGCUGCUCUGCGCCUUCCUGGCGCUGGCUCUGGAUGUGGCUGCGCUGCUGAGCCCGGCCUGGGUCACGUCGGAACGCUACUCGCUCUCCCUUUGGAAGGAGUGUCGGGAGCUCCUGGGCGGCUGGCAGUGCUUCUCCACCCUCGGAAGCGACUGGCAAAUCACCGCUCUGGUGUUAAUCCUGACAGCUGCCACCAUCACCCUGCUGUCCUUCCUCAUGUCUCUGAUAGCCUUCUGCCUGGGGAACUAUAAAUACUAUUAUCGGAUAGUGUCGAUUCUCCUCUUUGCAGCAGUGGUUCUCCAGAUCUGCGCCUUAGUUCUCUACCCCAUCAAGUUCAUCGACAGUAGCCCGUUGAGAAGCUACCAUGAGUUCAACUGGGGAUACGGCUUGGGUUGGGGUUCAGCCAUCUUUAUGCUGGGAGCAGCUAUCCUUUACUGCCUACGCAACGAUGCAUAUGAAGAUGCUUACUACUAGGACAACUUGAAGGAAGGUCACUGUGUUAUCAGAUCUGGAAGGCCUGGUCAGUAAACAGAGAGCAACGGAAGGGGAAGGACGAUGGGAUUCAUGGGAAUUCUCGGCACACUCAAUCUUUACGGAUGGACCUGUUGGCCAGCCUCUUACCACCAAGAGGAGAAGACGUUGAAGGCCUUCAGUUGGACACACUUCCAUCAUCACCAGGACCCAUCACUGCCAGCCAACCACGCUUCUCUCCGGCACAACCUGCUUAAGAUCUUUCGUGUAUUUUUUUUCUUUUUUAAAAAAAAUAUAUUAUUUUUUCCUUAUUUUUAUCUUCUGUGUAUGAAAGGUCGUUCUUAUUUUAUUUAUGAGAGGGCAGUUCCUACGGUGAAGAACAGCUUGGCUUAGCUUUUAUUGAGUGAGAUCUUGAACACAAAGAAGGGGAGUUGUCUGAAUUGAAAGGGUUCUGUAAACGCACUGAUGGAUGCUAAAUCCAUUUGAUACCAAGAAGCCCGAAACACAGAAAAUAUAAGAGUUUAUGGACUGCUAAUGAAA